AUGGCGAGUGAGGGUGAUGUUGAUGAUAAUGGUGGUGUAGAUCAACUGGUUACCCCUUGGAACAUGUCUAUUUCCAGUGGGUACAUUUUGUUACGAGACCCACACCAGAACAAAGGGCUUGCAUUCACCGAAAGAGAAAGAGAUGCUCAUUACCUACAUGGCCUUCUUCCUCCUACAAUAUCUACUCAAGAACAACAAGUGAAAAAAAUACUGCACAAUCUCCGGCAAUACCAGAUCCCUUUGCAAAGAUACAUAGCUAUGAUCGAUCUUCAGGAGAGAAAUGAAAUGUUGUUUUACAAACUUCUGAUUGACCAUGUGGAGGAAUUUCUCCCAGUUGUUUACACUCCAACAGUCGGCGAAGCUUGCCAGAAAUUUGGGAGCAUUUUUCGCCGUCCUCAGGGACUUUACAUCUCUUUAAAAGACAAAGGGCAUGUUCGUGAAUUGCUGAACAAUUGGCCCGAGAGAAACAUCCAAGUGAUUGUUGUAACUGAUGGUGAGCGUAUACUGGGGCUAGGCGAUCUUGGUUGCCAGGGGAUGGGGAUACCUGUCGGAAAACUUUCUUUGUAUACCGCACUUGGAGGAGUUCGUCCUUCAGCUUGCUUGCCCAUAACCAUCGAUGUUGGCACAAACAAUCAGAAGUUGCUUGACGAUGAGUUCUAUAUUGGUCUUAAACAGAAUCGAGCAAGAGGGGAGGAAUAUACCGAGUUGUUAGAGGAGUUCAUGUGUGCAGUCAAGCGAAAUUAUGGAGAAAAGAUCCUUGUCCAGUUUGAAGAUUUUGCAAACCAUAACGCGUUUGAUUUACUCAAGAAAUACCGCACAACUCAUCUUGUUUUUAACGACGAUAUACAGGGUACGGCAUCUGUUGUUCUUGGAGGUUUGCUUUCGGCAAUAAAAGUACUUGGUGGCACCCUCUCCGAUCAUACGUUCCUAUUUCUAGGUGCCGGAGAGGCUGGUACGGGUAUAGCAGAACUUAUUGCACUCGAGAUAUCGAAGAAGACAGAUUCAAGCAUAGAAGACGCUCGUCAAAAGAUCUGGCUCGUUGACUCGAAGGGAUUGGUGGUGAGCUCCCGUAAAGAGUCUCUUCAACACUUUAAGCUCCCAUGGGCUCACGAGCAUGAACCUGUUACGACUCUUUUAGAUGCUGUAAAGGACAUCAAACCAACGGUACUAAUAGGAACAUCUGGUGUGGGGAGACAAUUUACACAAGAAGUUGUCGAAGCCAUGUCAUCUAAUAAUGAGAAACCUCUCAUUAUGGCUCUAUCGAAUCCAACCUCACAAUCAGAGUGUACUGCCGAAGAAGCAUAUACAUGGAGCCAGGGUCGUGCUAUUUUCGCUAGUGGAAGUCCAUUUGAUCCCGUGACAUACGAAGACAAAAUAUUCGUGCCUGGCCAGGCAAACAAUGCUUACAUAUUCCCUGGAUUCGGGUUGGGAUUGAUCAUGUGUGGUGUAGUUUCCGUGCAUGACGACCUGCUUUUGGCUGCGUCGCAAGGCUUGGCAUCGCAAGUAACGGAUGAAGACUUGGCCAAGGGAAUUAUAUAUCCAUCAUUUUCGUGUAUCAGAAAGAUUUCAGCAAAUAUUGCAGCUUAUGUAGCUGCUAAGGCAUAUGACCUUGGUCUAGCUUCUUACAACCCUCGUCCUGAAGAUCUCGUUAAAUUCGCUGAGAGGUGCAUGUAUUCCCCAACGUACCCUAACUAUCGGUGA